UGCCACAUUAUCUUAAAUUUCACAAUUUUUGUUUCAAAUUCAAUUUUUACUCUCACCUCUUGAAAACUUGUUCUCGUUAAAUUUCUUUCAUACUGUCAAAAUACAUUUUCUCUGAAACUGAAGAUGUCCAGAGAAGAUAGUGAUGAGAUGACCAUCGUUAUAUUUGCUAGUACGGAUACUAUAGACCUACCACAUGACCUUAGAACAAAGUUAGAUGACUUAAACCAUCCCGAAAAGGAACAGAGACAACAAAUACGAAGUGAUUCUGAUGAGAAAAAAGGCUACAAGACCACCGUGGUGUGUAUGGGGCUGUUCUGUGUUCUUCUUCUGGUGUCCGUCACAGUACUGUGUAUAACGUUCACAAAGGAAAACAACAUGUUCCAAUCUGAGAAAAAGGCAAACUAUUGGCUAAGUCUGAGUAAAAACUUGACAGAAGACAGAGAAGAGUUAAGGAAGGACUUGGCGAAACUCCAGGCCAGGCUUUAUGAAUACGAUCAGUGCUUUGACAAGCCUAAAUGGAUAACGCACAACUUCAGUUCCUACUACAUUUCCUCCGAGUGGAAGAGCUGGACUGACAGCAGACAAGACUGCUUGCAGAGAGGAGCAGAUCUGAUCAUCAUAAACAACAGAGAGGAACAAGAAUUUAUCAGAACGUUUACCAGUGGAAAUAUUGUCUGGAUUGGUCUGACUGACAGUGAUGAAGAGGGAGUCUGGAAGUGGGUUGAUGGCACCACGCUGAACUCUGGGGUUUGGGAGCCUGGGGAGCCCAACAACAAAAUAGAUGAGGACUGUGCUGUAUCACUCUUUGAUUGGGCUGAUUAUCCAUGUAAUUACACCUUUGUAUGGAUUUGUGAGAAAGAUUUAGAGGUUUAAUAAAACUAUCAAAGCAUCAAAUCUUUACAUUCAAAGCAAUAUGCAGUAACCAAAGUGAUGUGUUGCACUGUACAGAACAAUGAGACUUUGUUUUUGCUCAUUUCAAUAAAAUUCAUAGAAAAAUGAGAUGAUAUUAAAGGUGAACUA